CUGGCCGACACAUCUUUGUCAGUGAGCAAAAUGGCAACUUACUGCCUGACUAUCGCCCGGCUGCAGCUGGCUCUGGGCCAUGGUGCACGGCGCCUGCAUGUAUCAGCAGCUUACAGAGCCAAGGCCAACGUGUCUAUGAGCCGCUUUGAGCCCACCUCCUUCAUCAACUACGAGAGGCUCCAGUCCAGCAUCGACAUUGUGCGAAAAAGGCUGAACCGGCCACUCACCUUGUCAGAAAAGAUCGUGUACGGCCACCUCGAUGACCCCCACAACCAGGAAAUCGACCGCGGUCGUACAUACCUGCGCCUGCGUCCCGACCGCGUGGCCAUGCAGGAUGCUACAGCCCAGAUGGCGAUGCUGCAGUUUAUCAGCAGCGGCCUGCCAAGGGUGGCCGUGCCCUCCACCAUCCACUGUGAUCACCUGAUUGAGGCCCAGACCGGAGGAGUGGUAGAUCUGGCCAGAGCAAAGGAAGUCAACCGUGAGGUCUACAACUUCCUGUCCAGCGCUGGUGCAAAAUAUGGAGUUGGCUUCUGGAAACCAGGCUCUGGAAUUAUCCACCAGAUCAUCCUGGAGAACUACGCCUACCCAGGAGUGAUGCUAAUUGGCACAGAUUCCCACACACCAAAUGGUGGUGGGCUUGGUGCCAUCUGCAUCGGAGUUGGAGGAGCAGACGCUGUAGAUGUCAUGGCAGGAAUCCCCUGGGAGCUCAAGUGCCCCAAGGUGAUUGGUGUGAAGCUGACAGGCACCCUUUCAGGCUGGACUUCUCCUAAGGAUGUUAUCUUGAAAGUGGCCGGCAUCCUGACAGUGAAGGGAGGCACUGGAGCCAUCGUAGAAUACCACGGGCCUGGAGUUGACUCCAUUUCCUGCACUGGAAUGGCCACCAUUUGCAACAUGGGAGCAGAGAUUGGAGCCACGACCUCCGUGUUCCCCUACAACCACCGCAUGAGGACCUACCUGGAGAAGACUGGACGUGGACAGAUCGCUGCUCUGGCUGACGAGUACUCUGACUUGUUGGUACCAGAUGAAGGCUGCGAGUAUGACCAGGUCAUCGAGCUCAAUCUGGACGAGCUGAAGCCACACAUCAACGGACCCUUUACCCCUGACCUGGCUCACCCAGUGUCUGAAAUAGGUAGUGUUGCUGAGAAGAGCGGCUGGCCACUGGAGGUUAAAGUUGGUCUGAUCGGCAGCUGUACCAACUCCAGCUACGAGGACAUGGGCCGCGCUGCCUCUGUGGCCAAGCAGGCUUUGGAUAAAGGCCUGAAGUGCAAAGCUCAGUUCACAGUCACCCCUGGCUCCGAGCAGAUUCGUGCCACCAUCGAAAGAGAUGGAUAUUCACAGAUCCUUAGUGAUGUUGGAGGUGUGGUCCUGGCCAACGCAUGUGGACCCUGCAUUGGUCAAUGGGACAGGCAAGAUGUGAAAAAGGGAGAGAAGAACACAAUCGUCACCUCCUUCAACAGAAACUUCACUGCCAGGAAUGAUGCUAACCCUGCCACACACGCCUUUGUCACCUCCCCUGAGAUUGUCACUGCCCUCGCAAUCGCAGGCACAUUGAACUUCAACCCAGAGACAGAUUAUCUCACAGCCCCCAACGGUGAGAAGUUCAAGCUGGACCCCCCAAAUGGAGAUGAACUCCCUGCCAAGGACUUUGACCCGGGCCAGGAUACCUACCAGCACCCGCCCGCUGAAGGCCUCAGCCUUAAAGUGGACGUCAGCCCUGAGAGCAGCCGGCUACAGCUGCUGGAGCCCUUUGACAAAUGGAGCGGGGGUGAUCUCAAGGACAUGAAUGUCCUUAUCAAGGUGAAGGGAAAAUGCACCACAGACCACAUCAGUGCUGCUGGACCUUGGCUGAAGUUCCGCGGCCACCUGGAUAACAUCUCCAACAACAUGCUGAUUGGUGCGGUCAACAGUGAGAAUGACGCCAUCAACAAGAUCAAGAACUACCUGACAGGGGAGUACGGAGGAGUCCCUGAUGUGGCCCGUCACUACAAGGCCAACGGUGUGUCCUGGGUUGUGGUCGGAGAUGACAACUACGGUGAGGGCUCCAGCAGAGAGCAUGCUGCGCUGGAGCCCAGGCAUCUGGGAGGAAGAGCCAUCCUUGUUAAGAGCUUCGCCAGAAUUCACGAAACUAACCUGAAGAAGCAGGGUCUGCUGCCACUGACCUUCAGCAAUCCAUCAGACUAUGACAAGAUCCGCCCUGAUGACAAGAUCACCAUCAAAGGACUCAAAACCUUCACUCCAGGAAAGCCUCUUAGCGCGGUCGUGAAGCACAGCGACGGCAGUGAGGACACCCUGGAACUGAACCACACUUUCAAUGAGACGCAGAUUGAAUGGUUCAAGGCGGGCUCCGCCCUCAACAGGAUGAAGGAGCUGCAGCAAUGAUGAAGAGGAGUGAGGAGAAGAAAUGUGGAUGAGGAUUUUCAGGGGGACAACAGGGUGAUGAGGAUUGUGGGGAAGAAGGCAGAUGAGGAAGAUCCUGGUAAUGAUUGGGCCAUCAUCUGCAUUUGCACACAGUUUGGACUGAAGUGAUGUGUCUGUAUACCUCUAAGACUUCAAUGUUGUCAGAUUACUUCAGACUUACUCGCCAAGCUAAUGUUGAUGAAGGAACAAUUGCAACCGGUCUGUUGUCAGAUAUUUCUAUAAUCCAAAGUAUUUCAGUCCAUUGCAUUCUUGAAAAAACUGAAGCUGCUGUGUUUCAAUGUCAAAAAGUGAUAACUGGUUAGAAAUCUGUUGUUUAAAAAAAAAAGGGGUGUUCAAACAGGUCAGUACAGCAUGGAAACCACUUCACACUGGAGCUCAGCCAGCUGAUGACAGUCAGUCACCUUGUUGCUUAAGGAUUGUGUUGAGCACUGCAUAGCAAUAAUAUUGAGCUUCAGUCAGUCAUUGCCAUUCAGCCUGCCUUGAUGUUAUUGAAAAUGAAGUGUAACUUGUGGGACGCAUUGAACAUUACAGAUUGAUUACUGUAUAUCUACAAGUGAGAGCAUUUAGGGGUCCGUUUUUGUAUUCACAUCUUUCAGCGAAGUGUUUUUUUUAUUUUAAUUUAUCACACUACAUAUUGUCAGUGUUACAAAAGGUUGCAGAGAACCACUGCAGACAUUACCUAAUAUCCAAAAGGACUUGUAUGCUUUAAUACUGUGUAAGAAUACAGUAACAAACCUCCUUCUUCCCCGACACCAUCACUACCACCAUCCUUAAACUGACCUCCUGAUCAGCCCUUAACCUCUUUACAAGGUCAAACGCGUCAUAUGGUUUUCUCCAUUGUUUGUUUAUUUAUAUUUUUCCUGCAAAAGCUUCAGUUCUUGUGUUUAUUUUACAGAAAAGGCUUUGGGGAAACUUUGACUUGUGUCCUUUUCCAUCGCAUAACAAGUGACUUUUUGUAUUCAUUUUACCCCAACAAAAUGAAGGUAGAUUUAACGAAAGGAACAGCACACCCGAUUUUAUUGAAAUCUGAUGUCCACUGCAAAUUACUAUGUGCUUUAAAUAAGUAAUUUGGCUACCGAGAUUACUGCGUCAGCUGGUUUUGGUCCUGUGUGGGUAUAAUUAACUGAAGUUCACUCCAAAACCACCUAAACAUGGGGUUGUCGUUACAUCAGAUCACAAGGCUGUUGUGCUUUUGUCCUCCACUGUUACACAUAAAAUGCAGUGAAGUGAAGUUGGACCACUCUCUUCCUUUAACCCAUUGUAUGUAAAGUUCUGGUUUCAUGUUCAUUUCCAAGUGUUUGUUUUUUUUUCUCCCAGGUUAUCUUUUCUGUAUUUCAGAAAUGCCAGUGGGUUGUCAAAUAAAAAUUCACAGAUCUCAUUACAUUUA